AUGAGGGUCAAGAUGGCAUUCAGAAAUGCACUCCGCUCUUUCCGUGGUACUUUGAUCGAUGGGCUUCUUCAGCCAAAUGUGCGUCUGGGCAACGGCCUGAACCUGAACAAGAAUCACAGUCUUGAUGAAGAGAACGCUGAAAAAGAUAUUGAGAACGCCCGCGCAUCGAAGGACUUCAGAAGAGCACAGCUGGAGGUCCAGAAAUUACGCCCGUGGGAAAUGACCAAAGGCCGUCCUCGCAAUAAGCGUUUGCAGAUCAGGGCCCGGACUUUUGAUGAAAGAGAGAUUGCACUUGAUGAGAGACAAGUUGCACUUGAUACGAGAGAAGUUGCAGUUAGUGAGAGAGAAGCUGCACUUAGAAAGAGAGAAAAUGCACUUAGAAGAGAAAUUUUUGCAUUGGAUAAGAGAGAAAAUGCACUUAAAAAGGGAGGGACUGGAUCCUUUGAGAGGGCAGCUGCGCUCGAUUCGAGGGAAGCUCAGCUCAAUAACAAACAUCAACAACUUCUAAACAAGGAAGAGCAGUUGUUCUUGCAAACGCAGUCGAUGCGGAAUCAACAGACAGAUCAGCCAGAGCUCAAUGCAAAAAAGGCUCUCGAGGAAGCAAAAGAUCUUGUCAAAUUGAGGAAGAAGGCUUAUAUAUUAGAGCAAAGGCGCGCAGGAAACACACUACCGCCCAAAAGUUCCGACAAAAGUUCCGAAUCUGGGAAGCCCGUGGCGGCCGCCAUGUCUGAUCCAGAGUCCUCCACACAAUCUUCGAUGGCACCCGAAAUCGAGAUCGAAAUCGAAUCUGCAUCUGACUAUGAUAACAUCUUCCCUUAUACAGACGACUCUAGCUAUUUAGAUGCCCGCACCCGCAUUGUACUUCCUCGCCGGCCUGCACCAUAG